AAGAGUGUGCUCAAGCCAUUCAUGUGUUUCUAUCAAAAAUAAGACAAAGAUCAGGGAAGAUUAGACCCUACUAGUUUCUCAUUUGAAGCCUGAGAACAAAGUGCUUUCAAGAAUUGAUGGCAAAAAUAUCCACCCAUAACACAAGUAAGCUUAGAAAAUCUCCUUACAAUCCUGACAUAAUGGACGUUUCCCUAAACCACCCAGCAUCUGAUAAAACCAACACAAAGAACAACAACUCUGCAUUUUUUUACUUUGAGUCCUGUCAACCGCCUUCUCUGGCCUUACUCCUAUUGCUCAUAGCCUACGCUGUGGUCUUAAUUGUGGGUCUUUUUGGAAAUCUCUCUCUCAUCAUCAUCAUCUUUAAGAAGAGAGAAGCUCAGAAUGUCACCAACAUACUGAUUGCCAAUCUCUCCCUCUCUGACAUUUUGGUGUGUGUCAUGUGCAUUCCUUUUACUGCCAUCUACACCAUGAUGGACCACUGGAUAUUUGGGGAUACCAUGUGCAAACUCACCUCCUAUGUGCAAAGUGUCUCCAUCUCUGUGUCCAUAUUCUCACUUGUAUUAAUUGCUGUUGAAAGAUAUCAGCUAAUUGUGAACCCCCGUGGCUGGAAGCCCAGUGUAUCUUAUGCCUACUGGGGAAUCACACUCAUUUGGCUGUUUUCCCUCCUGCUGUCUACCCCCUUCUUCCUGUCCUACCAUCUCACCGAUGAGCCCUUCCGCAACCUCUCUCUCCUCACUGACCUCUACACCCACCGGGUGGCCUGUGUAGAGAACUAGCCCUCCAGAAUGAAUCAGCUCCUCUUUACAACCUCCCUGUUUAUGCUCCAGUACUUUUUCCCUCUGGGCUUCAUCCUCAUCUGCUACCUGAAGAUUGUUGUCUGUCUCCACAGAAGAAAUGGGAAAGUAGACAGGAAGAGGGAACAUGAGAACAGGCUCAGUGAGAACAAGAGGAUCAACGCAAUGUUGAUUUCCAUCGUGGUGGCCUUUGGAGUCUGCUGGCUGCCCUUGACGUCUUCAAUGUCAUCUUUGACUGGUAUCAUGAGGUGCUGA